AUGUCAACCACUUCUUCAACCAACACCGACAAGAUAUUACCAACUAAAACACUUCCAAAAGUUCCGCCCCCAAAAGUCCCAUCAAAGGAAUUGCCAAAAGCUCCAUCUAAGGCUCCCCCAAAACCGCCUCAAAAAGUACCACCAAAACAACCAGAAACACAUGAGAUUACUCAUGUUGAAAAAGAAGAAAAAAGUGAACAACAAAAGGAAAGUACUUCUUCAACACUCCAAACCGUUGAAAUCAAAAAAACGCCUCAUGAAAUUUUGAUGGAAGACUUAGAAAGUUCGUCUCAUUACGUUCAUGCAGAAAACGACUUAAAAGCGUUCUUUGAUGCGACAGAAGAAGGCAAAUCGAUCAUUUGGGAUUUACUUAAACAAGUCCGUCCAGGGAUGGAUCUCAGUCGAAUCUCCUUCCCGUCGCACAUUCUGGAGCCACGGUCGUUUCUUGUGAAGACCACGGAUUACUUCUCACACAUUCAGAUGUUUGAAAAGAUCUCCUCAGAACCCGAUGCGUCAAGGCGAAUGCUUCUUCUAGUGAGUUGGUUGUUGAGUGGAUUUUAUUUGAUGCCGACGGGAAUCAAGAAGCCAUACAAUCCCGUUCUUGGCGAGACUUUUAGAACUAUGUGGAAACAUCCUGAUGGGACACAUUCAUAUCUUAUUGGUGAACAAGUCUCCCACCACCCACCAAUAUCCGCUUUCUACGCUUCAAAUAGAGCACAGGGGUGGAUGGGAAAUGGUUACAUCAAAUUCUCAACUGUCUUUCGUGGUAUUUCAGCUGGGAUUAUACUUGGUGGGGGUAUCGACAUUUACUUGUUGAAGUGGAAUGAACAUUACACUAUGACAUUCCCAGAAGCACUUGCCUCAGGAUUCUUUGUUGGUCCAAUGUUGAUGGAAAUAGCUGGAAAGAGCACUUUCAAUUGUAAGGAAAGUGGGUACUCCGCUGAACUCGAGUUUCACACGACUGGCGUGUUUUCAAAAGACAAGUAUCAGACCGUGACGGGGAAGAUUACACAUGAAGGGAAAGAGGUGUACACUGUGUCAGGAAAUUAUUACAACGAGUUGUUUUACACUGGAAGUGACAAAGUCAAGAAGAGUCUUCUCGACAUCAACAAGUUGAAGAUGGAGAAGGGUGCUGAGCGGUUUACUGUAGAUAAGAAGACUCAAGGCGCGUUCGAAAGUGACAAAUUGUGGGAGAAAGUGACAGAAGCAAUUUACAAAGGCGACCAAAAAGUCGCGACUGACGAGAAAUGCAUUCUUGAAGAGGAACAACGAGAACGUGUCCGCGUCAAUGAGACUAAUGGGACUCCUUAUGAGACAAAGUACUUUGUGGCAGAUGACACACUCGGGUGGAAGUACGUCGACUUCAACAACAAGCAGUUCAACAGCGAACUGGAGGUCUGCGACUACGAGAAGGACUACCACAUCAAAACCCUUACUAAAGAGGAACAACAAAUGAAAGAACAACACAAGCUUGAGCGCAUCAUGUAG